AUUUAUUCUGCAAUAGACUCUUCAUAUCAAGGAUUUGAAGCCACCUUAAACCAAAAAGAUAAUAAAGAAAAAGAGCAUCCAAUUGUUUAUACCAGCAAAAGUCUUAGAAAAGAAGAGCAAAACUAUGCUGCUACUAAGCUUGAAUAUGCUGAUAUCAUAUGA